GAACCCAUUUGCAAGAGAGAAGAGGAGGAAGAGGAGGAGGAGGGGUCUGGUUGCCGUGGCAACCGCCUGGGAGGGGGGAGGGGCCAAGGAGGACCCCCAGGCCAUGCUCCUGCCUCGCCAUUGGUUGCGCAUGGGGUCAUGUGAGGCCUGCUGGAAUGCAAAUGAGCCCUGGUAUGCCUGUCUCUGGACCCCCUCCACCUCCCCCAGACCCACAGCAUCUCCCUUCUCUCCCUGGCAUUCAAUGUGAGGAGGGAGCAUCGGAGGGGAGCAUCAGUGCGCCUGCCUCCUGCGCAUGACCAGGGCCAGGCCAGCGCCCUCCGCUUUGCCAUGGACGGCCAGGAUGCCCCUCCGGCCACGUCCGGCUCCAACGCCCGCCCGGCCGGACCACCGCUCUCCGUCUACAGCGGCAUCCCCGACCGGCAGGCCGUCCAGGUGAUCCAGCAGGCGCUCCACCGCCAGCCCAGCACGGCCGCCCAGUACUUGCAGCAGAUGUACGCGGCACAGCAGCAGCACCUCAUGCUCCAGACCGCCGCACUCCAGCAACAACAACAACAACAACAACAACAACAACACCAGCAACACCACCAGCAGCAGCAGCAACACCUGCCCACCCCUGCCCAGCAGGCCAACCUGCCCGCCAACCGCCCGGGGUCCUCAUCCGUCCACCAUGGGCCCGCACAGACCCACUCCCAGCAGCCCACGAUGGGCCUGUCCUCGUCUCCCGCGUCCACCCAGCUCCUGACCCGGGCGCAGGGCGUGACUCCGGCCAACACGUCCACCUCGGGACUGGCCCAGCAAGCCGUCCUCCUGGGCAACGCCGCCAGCCCCGCCUUGACCGCCAGCCAGGCCCAGAUGUACCUCCGCGCCCAGAUGGCUCGGAGCCUAGGCCGCGCUGUUCCUUUGUCCCCGCAGCUCAUCUUCACCCCCAGCCCCGCCCCCGCCACGCCCGAAGGCGCCACCGGAGGAAACGCCACGCCCAACAACACCUGCGCGCAGGUGCAGCGCCCCCCGCAGGCCUUGGCUCCCUCUCCGUCCCAGCAGCUCCCCACUUUGGCCAUGAAGCCUGCACCCAACGCCGGCCACCCCGGGUCCACGUCCUCUUCCUCCCCGGUGGUGACUCAGGGCAAGGGACCCCCGUCGGAGCCCCUCCGGAAGGCAGAAGCGGCCACGGGAGGGUCCAGCGGGGGUGCCAGCAACGGGACGGGGGUCCCACCCGAAACAGGAGGUCGAGGGCCCGCUCCCAACCGGACGGCGAACAUUGCCAACACCCACCCGCUCAUUGCGCCAGCGUUCGCUCCGCUCCAGUCCCACCAGUUUGUGUCCCAGCAGCCCAAGGCCGCCCAGCACCAGUUCGUCAUCCAGCCGCAGCUCCAGCCUCGCGCUGCACAGCCUUUGCCGCCCUCCUCUUCCGCAUCUCACUUGUCGACUUCCGUACAAGCUGGCCACCCGCACAAGCCUGCUGGCGGCGGCACCAACCCCUCUUGCUCGCAGGCCACCCAUAAUGCCAGGCCCAUGGGAUCCGCCGUCCGGAGCGGCGGGUGUCCCAACCACGCUGCCCAGCGCAAGGCCGCCACUGUCCAAGUGCCUGCGCCGGCCGCAACGGAGAAUCCCCGGAAAGAGACCACAGAGAAGACUCCCCCAGCUGACCCCCCGGCCCUACCACACGCCACCCCCAGCCCCAUGCCGGACCCCGGAGCCACUGAGACCCCCCGCCACGACGCAGUUGUUGCUCCGGUCCCGGAGGGCCUGGUCCCGCCCGGUCCCGCCCGCAGCCCCGGCGGAGGCAUGACCUCGGGCAACGGGACGUCUGCUUCCAGCGUUGCCGGCGCCGCCCCCCACAACGGGGAGACCCACAAACCCCCGCAGGCCGUGGUCAAGCCCCAGGUCCUCACCCACCUCAUUGAGGGGUUCGUCAUCCAGGAGGGUGCCGAGCCCUUCCCGGUGGGCCGCUCCUCGCUGCUGGUGGGGAGCCUGAAGAAGAAGUAUGCGCAGGCCCUUCUCGGGGAGAAGACGCAACCGCCGCAUCAACCGCCACACCAGCAGGACAACAACACCACCACCACCGACUCCGACAUGGAGGACCCUUAUUUGCAAGAAUCCAAAGACGAAGGGUCUCCCCCCAAGUUGAAGUGCGAGCUCUGCGGCCGCCUCGACUUCGCCUACAAGUUCAAGCGCUCGAAGCGCUUCUGCUCCAUGGCCUGCGCCAAGCGGUACAACGUGGGCUGCACCAAGCGUGUGGGGCUCUUCCACCCGGACCGGAACAAGCCUCCCAAGCAGAGUGCCACGCCGCACAACCGGCGCCGGAACAGCAAACCGGCGCUCGGCAAGGAGAGCAAGAAACAGGCACCGCCCGCGUUGGCCCCCACCUCGGGACCGAUCUCGGGUUCGGGGUCUCUGCAGCAGCAGCAGCACCUGUCGUCGCGUGGGGGCCAGGAGGACUCCAGCCGCGGCUCGGACAACUCCAGCUACGAGGAGCCGCUCUCCCCGCUCUCGGCCAGCUCCUCGGCCUCCCGCCACCGCCGCCGAUGCCCCUCCGAGCGCGAGGUGGAGCUGCCCGACGUCCGCCUGCGAGACCUGGUGGCCAUCGGGCACCACUUCCUGCCCAGCGAGCCCCACAAGUGGAACGUGGAGGACGUCCACCAGUUCAUACGAUCCCUCCCCGGCUGCCAGGAGAUUGCGGAGGAGUUCCGCGCCCAGGAGAUCGACGGGCAGGCGCUGCUGCUGCUGAAGGAGGACCACCUCAUGAGCGCCAUGAACAUCAAGCUGGGCCCCGCCCUCAAGAUCUACGCCCGCAUCUGCAUGCUGAAGGACUCCUAGGACGGACGGACGGGCGGGCGGACACCUUCCUUCCUUUGGACGGUGGCCGGAAGCCCCGACUUGAGCACAAUCCCCCCUUGAGGGCGAGGGUGGUGUAAAUACAUAGGUAGCCUUAGCUCCCCUUUCUCCUCUCGUAGAGCAGACACAACAUCCACCUCCACUGAGGUGUAAAGCAGACACAACCCCUUCUCCUCCUCCUCAGGUGCAAGAGAUGCCAGCUCUCAGGGAGGGCGCUGCGUGCGUCUUGUCCUCCUUUUUUGAGAUGCCAGCUCUCAGGGAGGGCGUUGCGUGCGUCUCGUCCUCCUUUUUUGAGAUGCCAGCUCUCAGGGAGGGCGUUGCGUGCGUCUCGUCCUCCUUUUUUGAGAUGCCAGCUCUCAGGGAGGGCGCUGUGUGUGUCUCGUCCUCCUUUUUUGAGAUGCCAGCUCUCGGGGAGGGCGCUGCAUGCAUCUCGUCCUCCCCUCCCGCCUUUUUGAGAUGCCAGCUCUCAGGGAGGGCGCUGCGUGCGUCUCGUCCUCCUUUUUUGAGAUGCCAGCUCUCGGGGAGGGCGCUGUGUGCGACUCGUCCUUCUCUCCCGCCUUUUUGAGAUGCCAGCUCUCAGGGAGGGCGCUGCGUGCGUCUCGUCCUCCUUUUUUGAGAUGCCAGCUCUCAGGGAGGGCGCUGCGUGCGUCUCGUCCUCCUUUUUUGAGAUGCCAGCUCUCAGGGAGGGCGCUGCGUGCGUCUCGUCCUCCUUUUUUGAGAUGCCAGCUCUCAGGGAGGGCGCUGCAUGUGUCUCGUCCUUUUUUGAGAUGCCAGCUCGUCCUCCCCUCCCUCCUUUUUCAUCCGGAUCGGACACAACCUACUUGAAACCUCAGAAAGCCAAACCGGACCGUUGCCUUAACUUCUUUUUUUGUAUCGUGUAGGCGUGCGUGUGUGCGUGUGGUGCCGCUUAGUGCCCUCCCCGUGUCCCGUUUUUAGGGGUCCGUAGCCAGUUUAGGGUCCGCGUUUGGGUGCCCGCCUCCACUGGGGAUGGACUCGACGCUCACGGCUCCUCCUGUUCCGCUGCAGCAUCACACUCUUGGCUCACGUUCCUAUAUUCCUAUGGAUGCAGCCUAGGAUCGCAUUGGCCUUUUCUGCUGCAGCAUCACACCCUUGGCUCACAUUCAUGGUCUAUUAAGACUCCUACAUCCCUUUCAGUGGACUAUAUAGUAUAAUCAAUCACUUCCCCAGGCAGUGUAUUCCUAUGGAUGCAGCCUAGGAUCGCAUUGGCCUUUUCUGCUGCAGCGUCACCCUCUUGGCAGGGCAGGAGGAGCGGGUUUUCUCCCCGGAAGACGGAGCUGGGCUCAGGCGCAUCAGGUGGCGGGGAGUCUUGCAGCUGAGCUGCGCCUCCCCGAUCUCUUUUUUGGGAUGUUUGUUUCCUCCGGACCCGGAAGGAAGAAUUUCUACUGUUUCCAACGGCCCCCACUCCCUUGGUUUUUUAAUAAAAUAUUCACUUUUACAGAAAAA